AUGAGGCAUGCUGACGGCGGCGUUCAGGGGAUCGGCCCUUGCGACGAGGAGAGUCGAGCCGUUGGCGCUUUGCCGGACGAGGCGAACGAGGAGGCGAACGCGGGCGGGUGGUAUGGUGAGCUGGCGAUCGGUGGCGAGAGGGAGGACGAGCGGGCGAACGAUGACGGCGGGAUCGGUGGUCACGAGACUGGCUACGAGACACGACGCGACGAGGAGAUCGCGGCGAACGAUGCAGGCGCGGAGAUCGUGACGAUCGCGGCUCAAGGUGACGACCGCCACGGCGGCUCCCCUGCCUGUCGUCACGCGCCUCAGACGAACGACGGUGAGGCGAUCGUGCCCGGGGCGCCGCAGCCUCUACGCCGGAGCGCACGACGGACGCCUGGCGGGCAGGCUCCUUCUGCGGCAGGGAAUUUCCGCCACGUGGAGUCAGAUCGCGCCGCAGAUCCUCGAAGCGACGGCGUAUCUGAUCAGCAGAUGCCAGCGGAGCAACGGGCACGCUCGCAGCGGGACGCGCGGGGGGGAGCGGACGGGGAGCAGAACCGCUCUCCGCGAUGCGCUCCCGACCAUGGCCGCCAUCAGCAGACAUUGGAGCGCGGGGAGGAUGUCGCUCGCUCAGCAGGCGGUCGACGUGGCGGACGGGGAGCAGCGGGACGCGGACGACGGGCUAGCGGAGGAGGACCUGAGAAUGUGUAUCAACAAUCGGGACGGAGAGCUUUAAACGAGCUGGAAGAUGAUAAUGAGGAGACAUCAUCAGGCAGCAGCUUUGUACCUGCGGAAUCCACAGACUCGACUUCUAGCUCUGAGUCUGUGGAUGAACCCCAAACCCAGACUCCUGCUAGAGCAACCAGAGCAGCCCCAACUCACAGGGCGGGAGGAUCCUCAGUUGCGAGAUCCACACGGAGGGGACCCCCAACACCAACCCGAGCCGCAUCGGGCAACAUUGCAAACCCCCCACCCCCACCACCAAUUUCCCACACUCCAACCCAUUCCCGAGCCGCCCCACAAUCUGCACCUGGCGGUAACCCCAUCCCAACCCACGCGCGAGAGGAAAAAUCCCCAGAAACACUCGCCAAGGACGACGUGCUAUUCGCUGGGGUUGGAAGAUGGGACCUGACGAAAUUGCGCGACAGUCGCCACGCACCACUCUCCCGCCACCUCCCACCCGACCCUCGCAAACUUUUCGCCACCGCCCUGCUGGUACCUCUGCUGCGGUUGGCGAACGAUCCAGACUCACACUCUGCUUGGGUCGUCCUCUUGUUCCUCGCACGACUCACACUUCGCCAGCUGUCACCCAGGCGUCCAGAUUGGAAGGCAGUCAGCGCACGACUUAGCAAAUUCAUGUGUGGGGACUGGGAUGAGCUGUACAAGGACACCGUGGACUCACUGACCCGUCCCCAGCCACCCAGACACCAGCCGGAUGACAUUGGGGUCAUCGCGAGAGCUGAGGGGCUAGCUCGACGUGGCAGCCUGCGACGGGCCGUCAUGGCCUUAGAGGCCACGCCAGUUUGCACGCCAUCGCCGGCUGUGCUGGAGGCACUACGCGCCAAGCACCCACCUGCGCCCGCCUCCCCACCUGACUGGAUAUUUCCCACACCAGACCCUCACCUCUCGGCGCCUUACGAGGUCUUCUCCAAGGUUUUGGGUCGGUGUGAGAUGGGAGUAGGAGCUGGGCCAUCAGGAACAACAUUCGAACACCUGCGGGACGCAUCUCUGAUCAACGCUUCAGUGGGGAAGCACCUGCAUGCGCUAGUCAACACCAUACUCACUGGAAAAUUACCUCUCGCAAUAGCCGAACUCCUCACCGCCUCUCGCCUGAUUGCCCUUACCAAACCAGGAGGGGGGACGAGGCCGAUAGCCAUCGGCGAAAGCAUCACUCGCCUCGCUGCCAAAACAACUCUUACCUUGACGGCGGGCGCCGCUCGAGAUUUCUUCUUACCUCAUCAAUUCGGUGUAGCGGUUCCAGGGGGAGCAGAGGCGAUCAUCCACAUCACGCGAACUUUUCUUACCGUCAACCCUGGAGCGCUCGUUCUGCAGGCCGACCUGGCGAACGCUUUCAAUAGUGUUAACCGAGGGGCCAUCGCGGAGUCGCUUCGAGCUGGCGUCUCUCCUGCUUACCAGAUGCAUCUCGCGGCGAGUCUCCUAUGUCGCGCGCACCACUCCGCUCUCUCCCUUGCCAGUGGAGGAAUGGUCGGACUGGGGCAAGGGAUUGUUUGA